UCAUCGUCAUCACCAGCGGGCAAAGACUCCUUUGCUCUCUCUCCCACGCGGUGUCCCCCACUCGCGACUUUUGUUCGGCCACAGGUUGAUCAAUCCGUAGCCAUAUCCAGAAGCGGCUGCGGUCGCUGCCCUGCCCGUGCCGUCCAAUGCCGACGGCGCUCCACUCGCGCACGGAGGAGUAGGCAGGCGGGCGAGUCCUGCAGUCGAGCUGGCAGUGUAACGCUCUCGGCGCGGCCCCAAGCUGCCAACAGCGCACAUCCGCACCAUGUCCCGACGAGAUGGAGCGCUUCCUGCCAGCUUCGUCGAUGCCUCGGGCUCCACUAGGCGAGGCUCACGCGCUGGAAGUCGAGCGUCCUCUGUUCUCCCUGCCUCUUCCUCUCGCACGUCGUCGAUAGCCGCAACAAGAGAGCGCGACGGGUCGUCGUUGCCCGAAACGCUGGAUGCGCAAUCGCAGUCCAUCCUGCAUCCACACCCGCACUCCCACCUGUCCACCCUUUUGCCCUUUCAGCGACAGAUUCUGCAAUCCUUGAUCCCGCCGCCUGAUGCUCCGCUGGAUGAAGGGGAUGCACUGACCAUUCUUGCCCGAGGAUUGGGUCUGAGGACGAUCAUCAGCGCACUGCUAAGGUGCUACGACAGUCAGGACGCGCUCAUCCUGCUGGUGAAUGCGGGCGAAGAGGAGAGCGCUGGAAUCGCCGCGGAGCUGGACCUGAUGGGAGCGAGAAAGCCUGGCUUGAGGAGAAUCGUGCACGACAGCAACGUCAGCAGCAGGCAAGAGCUGUAUGCCGCUGGCGGACUGCUCUCCAUCACCUCGAGAAUCCUUAUUGUCGACAUGCUCAACCACAAGAUUCCCAUCAGCAAGGUGGCUGGCAUCGUGGUGAUGCACGCCGAGGAGAUCACGCCUCUUUGCACCGAGUCGUUCAUUGCGCGGAUGUACCGCGAAGAGAACAAGGACGGCUUUUUAAAGGCUUUUUCGGACGAUGCAGACCGCUUUGCCAUUGGACUGAGUCCUCUGCAGACCGUGCUCGGUCAAUUGCGGAUACGAGAAGUGAGGGUGUGGCCCAGAUUCCACAAAUCCGUCAUUCGGGACCUGGGCUCAGGAAGGGGAGACGUGAUACAGCUGCACCAACCGCUCUCUAGAAGCAUGCGCGCCAUUCAGACGGCAAUCGUCGAGUGUCUCGACGCAACUCUGGGCGAGCUGAAACGAGGAGCUGGGAAUGUCGACAUUGAAGAUUGCACCGUCGAGAAUGCCCUCUUUAGAUCUUUCGACGCUAUCGUGCGCAGGCAGCUCGAUCCCGUCUGGCACCGUGUAGGAGCAAAGACUCGUCAGCUGGUCGGCGAUCUCUCCACUUUGAGAGGCCUUUUGAGGUUCCUUCUCGCGUACGACGCAGUGCGUUUCAACCAAUAUCUAGAGACUAUAUUGGCACACCAACCGCGCACCGGCUUGCCGUCCGAGUAUGCGUCAGGCGGACCUAGCCCCUGGCUCUUUAUGGACGCUGCAAAUACCAUCCUUGGCGAGGCGAAGCGUCGCGUGUACGUUGGAGAGGUCUCUGCUUCUGCGGAGCUGAACAUUGACGCCGGCGAGGAGGAGGCAGACGAAGUGGACGAAGAGGCAGAAGCUUUUGCAGCGGCCCACCAAGCGAGUCUCAACGAGGAGUUUGCCGAAGCGGAAGCCGCUCUUCGUGGCGGUAGCGCUGCCAAAGGGCAAAGCACGCGCAAAAAGAAAGAUCGACUUUGGUGGAUGCCUCCUGGCCUGGAAGCCGUGCUGGAAGAGAAUCCAAAGUGGCACUUGCUGCGAGAGGUGCUGGAUGAGAUUGAACAGGAAGUGCAUUGGAGCACCGUUGAUUUGACACAAAAGCAAAAGAACACUAUCCUGGUCAUGGUGGACUCGGAUCAGACUUGCGGUCAGCUUCGAGAGUACUUGGCCAAGAUGAAGCCCCUGAGGCACGGCCCUUCUGGUUUGGAAGACGCAGACGAUCCAAAUCCGGGGAGGAAAAUGAUGGAGAGACGACUGAAGCAUCACCUCUUUUGGAAAGGCAAUAUGGGAUCUGCUGCGUCGAAUGUGCCCGGCAACGCAGCCGCGAAUCCGAGUGCUGAUGGACGAAGCGCCACGAACGGCCACGCGUAUGGCGCGAGCGAACACGAUGGACGGUCCGCGGCGCUGAAGAGGAAGGACCAGGCAGCUGAAUUUGAUCGGCAUGCUAGCGCUCUCAAAAGGCGAAGGCGACGCGGCGGAGCUGUCGGUGGGGUUCCUUUGACUCGAGUCAAGGGCGGCGCAGCCGAAAGGGGCGCCGACAUGGACAAGGAGUCGGACAGCGUGGCGACAUUCAUGUCCCAAGCGCUUGCACGUGGACGAGAAGAAGCGAUCAUGAGCGGUGCCACCGAAGCGGACAUUGAAAUGCCAAGCAUCGUAGAUCUGGAUGCAGAUGACGAUGAUGUGGGAGAUCAAGACGAGGAAGAAGGUGGUGCGAAAGGCGGACUGGUAAACGCGAUCGCUCCCCCAUCCACCCAAAUGCUCAGUCAAAUGGAGUUUGAAAAUUACUUUGGCAUACUUAGUCCCGAAGAGCUGGUCGUUGUGCGACCGUAUCGGGGCGAUGCAGAUGACAAUAUGCUGCAAGAGCUCAAACCGCGCUUUAUAGUGUUGUACGACCCCAAUCCCGCGUUUGUUAGGCGUUUGGAGUGCUACAGAGCUUCACCCAUUGCCAAUGCCGUCAGAGUCUACUUUCUCAUGUACGCCGAGAGCGUAGAAGAGCAGCGCUACUUGUCGGAAAUGCGUCGAGAAAAGGAAUCCUUUGAGCGCCUCAUCCGAGAAAAGGCGAACAUGGCUUUGCCUCUGCUCGCAGAUGGGCGACCCUCGACCGAGGUGGAGCAACCUCUCCGAACGAUCAAUUCGAGAAUGGCUGGGGGCCAGAUCUCCGUCACAAACGAGACGCCGAGGAUCAUCGUCGAUAUGAGAGAGUUCAGAUCCAGCUUGCCGUCCAUGCUCCAUGCCGCGGGUGUCGAGGUCAAGCCUUGCACCUUGCAGGUAGGUGAUUAUGUCCUCUCACCGGAAAUGUGCGUCGAGAGGAAGAGCUUGUCGGAUCUGGUGCAGUCAUUCAACUCGGGUAGAUUGUACACUCAGUGCGAGAUGAUGUCCAUCCACUACACUCAUCCGAUUCUACUCAUCGAGUUUGACGAGCGCAAAAGCUUUUCGCUGCAGACCGUAUCCGAAGCAAAGACGCACGGACGGUCUACCAAUGUGCGCACAACCAAGCCUCACGAGCUCGACAUUCAGAGCAAAUUGGUUCUGCUCACCUCGGCUUUCCACCGCCUCCGCGUUGUUUGGUCGUCUUCUUCCCAUCAGACGGCAAACAUCUUUUUGGAUCUCAAGGCAUCUUACGACGAGCCGGACAUGGCUCGAGUCGCCGCUGUAGGCACCGACGAGAAUAGCGCGAACAACGAGACGGCCUUGUCCGCUGCUGGCUUGGCCGGCGGAUACAAUCUCACGCCACAGGAGAUCCUGCUCAGUCUUCCAGGCAUCACCACGAAGAAUGUGCACUACGUCAUGGGCGCUGUCAGGGAUCUGACAGAGCUGUGCGAUCUGAACGAAGAGGAGCUGACCAAGCUCAUUGGCAACGAGCCAGGCAAGACGCUUCAUCGCUUUUUGACACGUAACACGCUGCGGAAACCUAGCUUGCUCCGUCCGAGCGCCCAAGGUGCGAGGAAUUUCUAGCGCGAGCGGGCGGGUGCGAGACGAGCGCCCGAGGUGCGAGGAAUUUCGAGCGCGAGCGGGCGGGUGCGAGUGCGCAAGGUGCGAGGACGACAAGCGCGCGCGGGACUCGAUCUCAGGAACAUGUAGCACCACAGCACCGAAUGCAUGCAUGAUGGUCCACGGA